CCCACCAGUCCUCUGGCUUGUCCGUUAGAGGCCGUUUCGGUCCGGGAAACGCGGGCGGAUCGCCUGGGGCCAUGAGGAAGCCGGCCGCUGGCUUCCUGGUCUCGCUCCUGAAGGUGCUGCUCCUGCCUCUGGCACCUGCCCCAGCCCAGGAUUCAAUUUCGGCCUCCACUCCAGGCAGCCCUCUCUCUCCCACCGAAUAUGAACGCUUCUUCGCACUGCUGACCCCAACCUGGAAGGCAGAGACAACCUGCCGUCUCCGUGCCACCCACGGCUGCCGGAACCCCACCCUGGUCCAGCUGGACCAAUAUGAAAACCACGGCUUGGUGCCCGACGGUGCUGUCUGCUCCGACCUCCCCUAUGCCUCCUGGUUUGAAUCCUUCUGCCAGUUUACUCAAUAUCGUUGCUCCAAUCAUGUCUACUAUGCCAAGAGAGUCCGAUGCUCCCAGCCAGUCUCAAUUCUCUCACCUAACAAUCUCAAGGAGUUAGACUCUUCUCCUGAAGUUCCGCCCACCACGAUGACCUCCCCCAUGUCAUCCCACGUCACAGCCACAGAGCGACCGUCCUUCCGGCCCUGGCCCGAGCGGCUUAACAACAACGUGGAGGAGCUGCUACAAUCCUCCUUGUCCCUGGGAGGCCAGGAGCAGGGCUCUGAUCGCAAGCAGGAGCACGGGCAGGAGCACAAGCAGGAGCAAGAGCAGGAACACAAGCAGGAGGAAGGGCAGGAGCAGGAAGAACAAGAGGAGGAGCAGAAGGAGGAGGGAAAGCAGGAGGAGGGACAGGGGACAGAGGAGACCCUGGAGGCAAUGCCUGGGCUGCAGACAGACUCAGAGCUCACGUUCCAGUCUGAAUCUUUAUCUUCCAACCGCUUCUCCUUCACUCCCCGGGUACGGGAAGUGGAGUCUACUCCUAUAAUGAUGGAGAACAUCCAGGAGCUUAUUCGAACAGCCCAGGAAAUGGAUGAAAUGAAUGACAUAUAUGAGGAGGACUCCAUCUGGAAAAACCAAAGCCCUGGCAGCCUCCUGCAGCUGCCCCACGUGGAGGCCUUGCUUGUGCUGUGCUACUCGAUUGUGGAGAACACCUGCGUCAUAACCCCCACGGCCAAGGCCUGGCAGCACUUGGAGGAAGAGACCCUUGGUUUCGGGAAGUCGGUCUGUGACAGCCUUGGGCGGCGACACGUACGUUCCUGUGACCUCUGUGACUUCUGCUCCCUGAAGCUGGAGCAAUGCCACUCGGAAGCCAACCUGCAGCGGCAGCCGUGUGACAACUCCCACAAAACACCCUUCCUCAGCCCCUUGCUUGCAUCCCAGAGCAUGUCCAUCGGCACCCAGACAGGGACCCCAAUAUCGGGCCGCUUUCGUGGGCUGGAUUUGUACGGUGGGCUCGGCAUGGACUUCUGGUGUGCCCGGCUAGCCACAAAGGGCUGUGAAGAUAAUCGAGUCUCCGGCUGGCUCCAGACUGAGUUCCUUAGCUUCCAGGAUGGGGAUUUCCCCACCAAGAUUUGUGACACAGACUAUGUGCAGUACCCAAACUACUGUGCCUUCAAAAGCCAACAGUGUCUGAUGAGAAACCAGAAUCAGAAGGUGUCCCGCAUGAGAUGUCUGCAGAAUGAGACUUACAAUAUCUUAAGCCAGGCCAAAAGUGAGGACCUUGUGCUUCGAUGGAGCCAGGAGUUUAGCACCUUGACUCUAGGCCAAGCCGGAUGAGCUGGGGUCUGUCCUGUCCCCACCCCAGCCCGACCCUUCCACAUCCUCCAUUGCUUUUAGACCCCAUCUGUCACUUUGCUUCCAGGCUGUCCCUUCUGGGUCUCUUACCUGGCCCCUACUCAUGUUUUCCUUGGGUUGGGGCAGCAGUCUCAGAGAGAUCCAUGAUGGGAACUCCAACCACCUUAAAGGAUGUCCUUACAUAAAGUGUUUAUUUUCAAC